UGAUAUGUACUGAGGAUUUGUUUCUGUCUAGAGAAGCAUUUCAAGAAAAUUGUGGCCGCUUUAUUUAUAUUUCUGCAUAUUCGAACUCUGAUGGCAGCCAGAAAGUGGUCCUAUCUGAACAGAAAAUGAGAGGAGGGCUUUGAGGCUUAUGGCUUGCUACAAUGGCGAAAUUGGAUCAACUUUCCCAAGCGGAAGAUGGGAAGAAUUUUGUAGGGAUCGUGCCGAGAAAGCAGCGCAAAACUUUGCUCAUGAAUUCCUUCGAUUUGUCACAGAUAACCCAGUGUACGACGUCUCAGGGGCCUCAUCGACGUUCUCUAAGCGCUUUGUAGAAUAUUUCCUGGAGGCAUUUGAUAAGGAUUUACACCAAGAUGUUUUGGUUGAUUUCGGCGAUCCUGAGUCUCCAACUGAUGUGUUCGGGCCUGAUGACUGGGGAUCAAGCAUUCAUCUCACGCACUCCUGCAAACAGGCCGACAAGAAAACCCACGAGUCCAGUUUUAUGAAAAGAUUAAAAGAUGUAAAAGAUUUAUUCAAACGGUCUCUUAACGAGGAGUCGAUCGGGCCAAGAACCCCUGAGCAGAGAAAGCCAUCAUUUGGAGAUAUAAGCGAGGAACAGCCGAUAACAGCCGAACCCAAACUUUUUACAUCUAUCAAGAAAGAAAGCGUCAUGAACUUUCUGAUGAAUCUCGAUCGUAGUGUAGAUACCGAAGAUUUUUUCUGGCAAAAAUGUCGAGUUGUCCUUCUGAAAGCACCAGGGGGCUUCAUGUUGGAGUUUUACACUCCGCCUAAGUCUGUUAAGCCCAAGACAGGGAUAUUUUGUUUUCUGAUCCAUGAAGCACGGCCAGCCACAGAUCUGGAAAUGCCAAUGGGAGACAAUGUUUUUGUUAUCAAGGCUGUUAACAAAAAAGAAUACAUGAUGGCUGCUAAUAGUGAAGAAGAGAUGCAUAGCUGGCUGAGUGAGAUUUACCAAUGCAUGGAGCAAGACCAGACCAACCCACAACAAAGCUCCAUCAGCAGCAGUCCAAGCUCCAGUCCUUCUUUUGCACCUAUGCAUAGAGAGGACACCCAUGUACCCCUUACUCUUGGGUCACCUAAAAGAACAAGUCAGUCAUUACGUGUACGCUUUGAUGGUUCAAACUCAGGUAGCAGUAGUCCACCAAGAAGAAAUGGCCUGUCUAGCUCAGGGUCUGGCUCAGGAUCUGGAUCUAUCAAGCAUCAUAAUAGACCAGCUGCUCUUGACCCAAUAGCCAGGGGGCCACCACCUGAGCUUCCACCAAGAUCACCAACAAGUACAGAUGCGCCGCCUGUAACCCGUGGCAUGUCUUCACCCUCAACAACACAUAGAGCAACCACAAGCAGUGAGGGGCAAGAAGAAGAGAGUCCUGUGUGGGUGACAGCAUCUGGAAGUGACCACCCUCUAGCUCACUAUCCCUGGUUCCAUGGCACCCUAUCCAGGAUUGAGGCUUCACAACUUGUGUCUCAAGGGAGCCAACAGUGGCAUGGGAUCUUUCUAAUCAGACAGAGUGAGACUCGCAGGGGGGAAUACGUACUGACAUUCAACUACCAAGGGAGAGCAAAGCAUCUGCGUUUGUCACUCAACAAUGAAGGCCAGUGCCGUGUACAGCACCUUUGGUUCCCCAGUAUUUUUGAGAUGUUAGAACAUUUCAGAGCAAAUCCUAUACCUCUUGAAAGUGGAGGGCCUUCAGAUGUGAUGCUCACAAACUUUGUAGUCAGCAAUGGCCUCAACUCAACACAGACUCUGCCCAAUCACCACAGAACCAAUCAAGGCGAGGGCCUUCGUCGUGCGCAUAGUGUCCAAGUUAGUCGUAUCACCCGUCCUGCAGCAAUACAGGGUGGAUCUGUCAGGGUGACAAUAGAUUCUAUAAAUCAACAGCCAUCCAGAGCGGUAGAAAAUCAGUACGCUUUUGUAUGAUUUUUAAAGUAUUUUUAUAAUGAAAUUGUUCAAUUGUAUAUUUUUUCACCCUAAGAACUAGGAAAUCCAAAACCUAAAAAAAAGAGUUUCUACAGAUAAGUUGGUAGUUUUUAAUUGACUUUUGUACAUAAAGAAAAAUGAUACAAUUUAUAUAAUGCUAUUUCUAUUAUUGAAUGACACUUGUCAUGAAUUUAUUAGUCAAAAUAAUGUACAAAGUGUAAUAUUUUUGUUUUGUUUUCCAUAAUAUAUUUGUGUCUAGUGA